CCCAAAUUCAUUCCUCGCUCUUCUCGUCAAAUCAAUUCUUCACCACCUACAGAAACAGGUACACAUUUCUGUCUGCAUAUAUCCCCUCACUUCCAUUCACCUACUCAUUCACCUCACAAACUCACGUUACGAAUCCAUUGAAUCAAUUACCGGAGUUGUUGUCUAUGGAAAAUGCGAUGGAUAACUUAAACCGACAAUCAAUUAGAUAUUGAUCCAACAAUCACCACACCACAUCAUCUUCAAUCCUAUCAGAACCUGUCGUCCACCGGAACAGGCUCCUCAGUACAGAUCUCAGGAAGCUGAGGGAUAACUGAGCCAUCUUCACGUCAACCUCAUCUGAUUACCACCCAAGGCUCAAGUAACUCACUCCUCAGUAUUAAACCUGCGCAAUCCUAACCCUCCUGAGCGAAGCCUUUCGCCAAAACUCGAUUUCAAUGACAUCCUCAUGUCAUAUCCAGGUCUUUUCUCCAAUCGAAUCAGUAGUAUGUCUGAUGCUAUCACUCCUGCCAAUCAUUGAAAUGAACUUAGAGAUCGAAAUCCUAUUGAAAGUGAUCAAAAUAGCUCAAGGUUCAAAGAUCUUACCCGUUUCGAUUACAACAAGACCUUCUGCAGAUAUGAAGUCCAAACUUUUAAGGACCAUAGGAGAUUUCCAAUCUCACCUCUUAGCAAUCACCUCAUCAUUGUCAACAUCUGAUCGAAUCGAAUCUGAGAUUUGUUUUUAUAGACUUUUACAAGAAUAUACUCCAAUCUUUAGUACUUUACCUAUUCCAGCUUGUGUUUGGCGUAGGGCACGUGAGAUUGUAAGAACCAAUCAAGAAUUUUGUCAAUUGAUUGGUUAUCAUCGAUCUUCUUUGGAAACUGAAUCUAAAUGUAUCUACAGACUUUGGAACGAUUCAUAGGAGUGCUGGCCUUGGAAUUCUUACUAGAUAUCUGAUUGAAAGGCAUUUCUAUGCAUAUGCUUUGAACGUUCAUGUGUUACACUUCAUUGAAGGUCAUUUCAUUGUGGGUAAAGAUGUUGAUACUUUUUUAUUAGAUGUAUGUUUAGUCGGUGAAGAUCUAACUUAACUUGAAAUAAAACCAUUGAACAGGUUUGGAAUU